AUGGACGACUCUGUAGCUUUAAUAUUCAAUAAUGCUUUGCAAAAGAUAUUCAGUCAGAGUUCAAGGAAGAAUAUACAGCUGCGUGAAGCUUGUAAGAUAGCUCAAGAGACAAUAAGGGAUUCUCCUUGUUUCUCAAAUAUAUCACAACAACAACAGCAACAACAGCAGCAUCAACAUCAAUCGGCAUCAGCAACAACAACAUCAACACCAGGUACAGCUACGCCUCCUGCAAAGAUCAGCGAAAAGGAAUGGGACUUGCUUGGUAACAAGUUGGUCACGCCAAUGAAGUUGGCAUGUGAAACAAAGGAACCAAAGUUGAUGGCUAUUGCAUUGGACUCUUUAGAUAAACUUAUGGGAUAUGGUAUCAUCAAGCCAAACGCAUACGAUGAGGCACCUGUAGCACCAGGUGGAGAGAAGAAGAGAUUGAUCGAGAAGGUAGUCGACAUUAUUGGAUCAUACUUUGACUAUCAAGAGGAGACAGUACAGUUACAGAUCAUCAAGUCUCUACUGACAGCUGUAAUCACACCGACUUGUGAUAUACAUGAUACAUGUCUUAUGAAUGCCAUCAGAUCAUGCUACAACAUCCACUUGGUCAGUCAGAACAAGAUUAACUUCACAGCAGCAAAGAGCGCGUUGUUCCAAAUGGUCGACUGCGUACUGCACAAGUUUGAGCACUUUAGCCAGCUCAAGAUACAGCUCUCCAAGAGCAACACACCACCAGCCCAGCAACAGCAACAGCAGCAGGCACCACAACCAAGCCAAACCCCUGCCAACUCCAACGCGAACAAUCACAGCUCUAGCGCCAAUGAUGAGAGCGCGAUCAUACAUCAAUACAACGUCAACUUGUCAGAUGUUAUAUUAUUGUUUAGGGCCUUCUGCAAGUUGUCGACCAAGGAGGUACCUGAUGGAAGCUCAUCAGAGUCACAUGAGGUCAAGAGCAAGAUAUUGUCUCUCGAGUUGCUGUCACGCAUCCUGGAGAACCCGCUGCCCUCAUUGAAGCUGUCAGAGAAGUUCAUCAACACAUCCAUCAAGCGAUACCUGUCCGUUUCGCUACUGACCAAUGGCAGCAGCAACAACCUGCCCGAGUUCAAGCUGACGCUGGCUAUGUUCCUCUCGCUGAUGAUCCACUUCAAGGAGCACCUCAAGGAGGAGAUUGGCACGUUCUUCUCCAAGAUCAUCCUGGCCACGCUGGCCUCGAGCACUCAGAGCGUCAAGAAGAAGUGGCUGGUGCUGCCGGUGCUGUGCGAGAUCUGCAAGAACCCACAGACCAUUGUCGACAUCUUUGUCAACUACGACUGCGACCCCGAGCGCAAGGACAUCUUUGAGAAGAUGGUAUACGAGUUGUCGCGUGUAGCACAGGGCACGAGCAGCGUGGAGCGCACCUCAUCGCAGGAGGAGGUCAAGUUCAAGAUGCUGGGCCUCGAGUGCAUCGUCACCAUCAUGAACUCGCUGGUCGAUUGGAGCAAGGAGAUCUAUGAGAGCAAGCGCAUCGAGCAGCAGACCAGAGCGGCUGCGCUCAACUUUGACGAAGCCUACGACGACGUCGGCUCGCCACUACAGACAUCGACAUCGCCGCUCAAGGCCAGCAUGGACGAGUCGCAGCGUCAGUCUCUCCUGGAGCAGGCCACACAAAAGUUCAAUGCACAGCCCAAGAAGGGCAUCGAGUUCCUAAUCCAAUGUGGAAUGAUCAAAGAGAAUCCAACAGAGAUUGCAGAGUUGUUGAGGAUGUCACCAGAGUUUGAUCAAAAGUUGAUCGGUACUUAUUUAUGUCAACAGAACUCAUUCAAUGUCAGUGUACUGUAUAAGUACAUCGAUUCAUUCGACCUCAAGAAGAUGGAGAUUGAUCAAUCACUACAGAUGGUACUCGCAUGUAUUCAGUUGAAUGGAGAGAACAAGGCAAUUGAUAGGAUUGUUGAGAAGUUGGCAGAGAAGUACUUCUUUGACAACCCGGAUGCAUCAUGUGCCAAUGCAGAGUCUGUUUAUUUGUUGGCCUACGCCAUUAUCAUCUUGUCAACUGAUCUACACAAUGUAUCAAUCAAGUCCAAGAUCACCAAGGAGGAGUGGCUAAAGAUGAACUCCAAGUCCAACAACAAGGUCGACUUUGAAGACAAGUACUUGUUAGACAUUUACGACCGUGUGUCCCAAGAGACCUACAGGCUUGGCUACACCAACUCUGACGAGAUAGGAUCAUUGGACUCACAAGAGAUAUUGCUCAGGUUCAACAAGGACAGUGAUUACAUUGUGAAACAAUGUCAAGAGUUGAUGAAGACGAGGAUAUCAAAGAAGACGACAUUCUAUCGUGCCAGGAAUAUUGAGCAUGUGCGACCAAUGUUCUUGCUGUCGUGGUGCUAUGUACUGUCCACGCUGUCAGUCAUCCUGGACGACACCAAGGACAGGAAGCUGAUAUCGCUCUGUCUGGACGGCUUUGCCUCGGCCAUCAGGGUGAGCUGCAUAUUCUACAUGAAUGUGGAGCGAUCAUCCUUCAUCACAUCGCUGUCCAAGCUGUGUCUGCUCGACACGAUCAAGGAGCCAUCGCUCAAGCAUAUCGACUGCAUCAAGCAUCUGAUCACCAUUGCCAACAACGACGGCAACUAUCUCCAGGACUCGUGGACACCCAUCCUCAAGACCAUCUGCAUUCUUGAGCGUCUGCAUCUGAUCGACACGACCAAGUCCAACCCAGUGCCAAACGCAGCACUGGCCUCGGCCUUCCCCUCAGUCGUCGAGUACUCACAGAACUCCCUGCAGUACCACAUCAAGAAGCUGCAGGAGGAGCAUCCCAAGGCCAUGACCUUUGACUCAAACCAAGUCGAGAGGAUCUUCACCAACACUGUCUAUCUCUCUGAUGACUCGAUCAUCACGUUUGUCAAGUGUCUCUGCGAGAUAUCUGAGGAGGAGAUCAAUCAUUACUCGAGGAACUACAGUUUGAUCAAGCUGGUGGAGGUCAUUGAGUACAAUCUGAAGCGUAGGAUACGUUUGGUGUUCUACAACAUCUGGGAGAUCGCUGUUAGCCACUUCACAAAGAUAGGCUCGCAUCAGAACAUUGAGAUAUCAAUGCACGCCAUCGACUCGUUGCGCCAGCUGGCGUCCAAGUACAUGGAGCGUGAGGAGAUGUCCAACUUCAACUUCCAGAACGAGUUCCUGAUGCCGUUCGAGACCAUCAUGCUCAACAACCAGGUGUUGCAGAUCCGCGAGUUGAUCAUUCGCUGCGUGCUCCAUCUCAUCCUGUCCAAGGCGCACAACAUCAAGUCGGGCUGGAAGACCAUCCUCAGCGUCAUCUCGAUUGGCUCGCGUGUGCCCUCCGAGCCCAUCGUCGUGCUGGCCUACCAGGCUGUCGAGCAGAUCCUCCAGAGCAGCUUUGACUUUGUCGAGGAGAACUUCUUUGCCAACACAAUCUACUGUCUCACAUCAUUCUCACAUCCACUGGUCCACUACCCCGACAUCUGCAUCAAGUCAUUGAACCAAUUGGAUCAACUCUCCCUCAAGAUACUCGACCGACACAACAACCUCGUCAGCUCAAGCAGUGACGCCCUGCCCUACACCACCAAGCUGGAAUCACAACUGAUACCCAUCAUCAAGGGACUGUCCGUGCCCAUCUCCCAUGACAAUGAGAGUGUCAGGCAACUGUCUUCAAGUCUGUUGUUCAAGUUACUCAAUAAGAUUGGAUCAAACUUUAGCGUACAGUCAUGGAGACAUAUUAUCAACAAUGUGUUGCUCCAGAUGCUGGCACCAAUCAUGCCAACAAAUCACAGUCCAUUAUUGUUAUCCGAUUUUGAACAGGCAUGGGUACGCCAAACCUGUCCAUCCGUGCUCACCGAGAUCAUCAAUCUCUUUAGCAACCACCAUGAAGUCCUAUCUCAAUUCUAUCCAAUCGUCAUGGAGAUGUUUGAGAGGCUAAUAUGUAACAAUAACCAAUCAGUGUCAGUGCUUGGAUGCGAGUACUAUUGUAAAUUUAUACAACGAUCAGGUGUUUGCUUCACCAAUGAACACUGGACAGAGAUAUCAGACUCGAUCGGACGCAUACUCAAACACUUGUUGGUCAAGGAUCCAAGUGCAUCACUGGUCUUUAUGUUUAGCACCGAGUCCUCAUUACUGGGCAAGGAGCUGAAACAGCACGACACCAGUGUGAACACUUUGGUGCCCUCCACCAACAAUGCCGGCUGGACCGUCAGUUUGUUGCUGAUGCAGCGCAUGACACCCGUGAUGCUCGAGAACUACUCACAUCUGUCCACACAGUUGUGUGCUCAACUGGUCAAGUACUGGUCGUUCGUCUAUCACCUCACCAAGAUGAUGAGUGGCAACAACAACGCACAGCAACAGGCGCUGCAUCCAGACAGCCAGCAUACAGCAAACAACAACAUGAACGAGACCACAGCACUCUCAUGCCUGCUCACACUUCUCUUUGAGAUGUUCCUCAAUCAAGCCUAUGCAGACCGACAGGCAGAGAUUGAGGUGUACUUGAACAACCUGUGUGGUGACAUCCUCAAUGAAGUGGGCGGACCACAUCACAGACAACCAAGCACCACGAUGGUGGCCAUAGUGCGCCAGAUAGCCGAUGGCUUCAUCAAGUACAGCGAUGAGCAGUUCAACAAACACAUGCCCCAGGCCUAUAUACACCUUGUCGAUCUGACCGUCCACGACAACCUUCACAUCCGAACCUGCAUCAUGUCGGUCUUCUCCAGAUUUGGCAAGGGCAUCCCACAGAUACCCGACAUCCAGGAGCCGGCUCCCCUUCCCCUGGAGCCAGCCGUCGCCAAUGUCAAGUCCAAGUCGAUGGAGAACGACUCUAUUCUCUUGGAGAUGAUUGAGAAGCAGAAACAACAGAUCGAGCAACAACAGCAGCAACUAGUGGAGCAGCAGCAGCAACAGCUUGAGUCCCAUAACAACCAGGAGGCAAUCAAUCCAGAGGUCCACAGUGAUAUCAAUGGAACAAUCGACGGCUCGGACAAUAUGGAAACAUCACAUCAUAAUGAGGCGAACGCUCAACACGUGGAGAACACUGCUGUGGUACAGGAUGAGGAAGAGGAGGAGACUGUUGUUGAGAACGAUGAAGUAGACGAUCAAGUAUUACCAUCACAACCAUCAUCUGAUCCACCCAAGCUUGACCUUGAGGACCAAACAACAACAGCUGUAGUUGUAGAGACCUCUGUGGACUUUAUUGAUAUUGAGCAACAUGACCAGGAUGGUUUGGAAGAUAUUGUUAAACAAUCACAGGCAACAACAACAACAACAAUUACCGAGGAUGCUGGUGAUGAUGAUGAUCUUGACCAGGUUAUAUAA